UUCUGAUAAUAAUUUUAUUACUAUUUUAGAAAAAUUUAAUUAUCGGCGCAGCGACUGUCGCGUAAUUGCAGUCGCAAAUCGCUGACAUAAAAGCGACAGUAACUGUCAUCAAAUGACAUUUACCGAUAAGUUUUGUUUUUGUUUAGGUUGGGUCAAAUGUCAGUUCAAUGUUUUUUUUUGAGACUGAAUUUUGGGUUUUUAUGAAAUAAUGGAGGAAAAACCUAAUAUAAAUAACGGCGAUUAUUUUGAUUCGGAAGAUGAGAAAGAAUUUCACAAGCUAACCAAAGAAAACUCCAGCUUUUCUCACACAUUCCGACUUCAAGACAUUGAUGAAUUUCUAAAGUCUUUAGAAAAUCCGAAGAAAAAUAAAACCUGGUGUAAAGUAUGCGACAAAGAACUAAAAUCCAUUAUGCAUGCAAAAACUCACUAUACCUCCACCAACCAUUUAAAAAACUACCAGCAAAUAAGAGAGAAAUGGAUCAGCAGCUUAUUAGGGUCUCCACCUGAGGAACCUAAGAGUUAUUGCAAGAUCUGUAACCUUAUUAUUACUGGAGAAAUGUUAACAAAUGGUCACCUGGAUAGUGAAACACAUAAGAGGUAUGCAGAAAUGUUUUGUGCUAUAUGUGACUUAAGGUUGUCAUCAAAACAUGCAUUAUGGGAACAUGAAACUCAAUCACCCUUGCACUUAAAAGCUAAGAAGCUAAAAGGUUAUAUUUCCCUGGAAAAUACACCUUCUCAUAAAGCCGUUGGCCCUUGCGAAUAUCAUUAUGAAAAUAUAGACUAUAGUUCACCCAAAGACCUAGAAAAAGCAACUCAAGGAAGCCUAAUGGAAAGUCCAUCAAAAAGCGAUUCAGAAAGCGAUUUGCAAGACUAUGACGAAAAGUGCCAAAACUACUACUGUCCGGUUUGCGAUAUUCAGUAUUUAGCUGAUCAGUAUUAUCCGCAUAUGAACGAGUUUCCUCAUACUACUUUAGAGAUACUUAAAGAUCAAUAUUCACCUAGAAUAGUUCAGGCCUUUUGUUCUGUAACAGAAAAUAAAAAAGACAUCUUCUGCCUCUUGUGUAACAUUACAAUGCGUGGUCCUGCCGAUAUAAAAUCUCAUUUAAAUGGAGUGAAACACAUCAAGAAACUUAGAGGUAGAUUCCCUGAACUGUUUGACGAGGACGGAAAAAUAAAUCCAAAAAAGGAUAGACGCAGCUCUAGUACAUCUUUGAAGCAGUUGAAUGGUUUCGAAACAGUAUCCUCCUUGGGAAGUGACCAAUAUUCUUGUUAUCUUUGCAAACUUGAAUUUAAGAGUAAACUUGAAUUAAACGCCCAUUCAGUCUCCUUUCCACAUAUCGAAAUGGCGAAGUGGAAAUCUGAAGCAGUAUCUUUAGGAGUUCCAUAUGCAGAAUAUUGGGUGCACUCUAAAAACACAUUAACUUGCACUUUAUGUAAUGUGCAAAUAAGUAGUAACGCUGCUUCAAAAAUUCAUAUGAAUGAUCUAAAACAUAAAACGCAUUUGGUUGAGUGGUGUAAGGAGUUUGCUACAUGGAAGUGUGGCACAGUUACUGAACCAAAAUUGUUCUUCUGUGAAGUUUGUGACUUGAGAUUGCCUGGUACUUCAGAGGCACAGUGUCACUACAUGAGUAGUACUCAUAUAAAAAGGGCUGAACUUUAUUGUAAGACAUGCAAAGUAUCAAAUUCUUCGGAAAAAAUGUUAUUGGAACAUCAAAUGUCUAACAGGCAUAAAGAAAAUAUUUUUAAAGAAACUGUUGAUAAAAUUGAGAUCUGCCAGAAAAAUACUAAGGAACCGAUUUCUUCAGAUAUCCGUAAUGAAAGUCUUGAAUUUCAAAUAUUUCGGCAGGUAGACAAGUUGGUGCACACCCUAUAUUAUUCCAAAGCCGUGCCCUUUGACAUAGCCUUAAAAUACCUUAAGAAAAUAAACCGGGAAGUGUCGGAGCUUCAAUCGCAGACCUAUGACGCUGGACAACACCAUGGAGACACAUCCGAAAACAAAAAUUAUCACUUGGAGAACCUUGUUUCUAACAGUUAUAGUGGCGAAGAUGUGCUAAGAGUUACUAUAGAAGACAAAGUCAAACCGGAGCCUGAUCUCAAAGAACAAAAUAUCAUCAGACAGGAGAAAAGUAAAUUGGAAAUGGAGAAUUGUAUAACAGAUCCACCUUUUUCAAGAAUAUGUUAUAAAAUGGUUAAAUUACAACAAACUGCUGAGGCUACAAUAGAACGUGAUAUUUUAAAGGAAAUUCUUACCCUGGUUCAUUUAGUCAAUACGAAUAAAUGCGAGAAGGUUCUCCAGCUUUUGAAGAAGUUUAAUUCUGAUUUGGACUGUGGUGUCUUAAAAUUUCGGGGUAAAGACGAUGGCGAUAUAAGUUGUUAGAUUAAGAGUACACAUAUAUUGUAAUAGAAUUGCUCAAUUUUAAAAUAAGAAUAACUAAUAUUCUGUGUGAACUAUACAGGUUAAUUUAAUGCAUUUAAGGUGUCAAAUAAGUAAGAAGAAUAUAACAAGAGAAGUAUAUUCCUAUCUCGCACCCAGUAUUCACCAUGUACAAAAUAUUACAAUAUAUAAAUAAUCCUGAAAAUUUUUUUGCUAUUAUUCAUACUUAUCGCUUCCACCCUCUCAGCAGAUUGAAAUCCACUUCUUUAAUGCAAAAGAUAUUCUCUUCAAUAUAAAAAUAAAGGGGUACGGGCGAUUUCGUUUUCCCGCUAUACUAUCUUUUAUCCCGCUAUACUAACGGAUAUUAACCGGAUAAUAUCCGGCUUAAGAAAUUUUCCUCAUGUUAUAAUCUUUUUACUGAUAGGUGUUAGUGAUCUUGGUCUUUCAUAUAAUUUUCUGUGAUCCUUUGUAUUCUUAGAUCUAGGUUACAACCAAAAUAAUAAUGUGAUUUUGCUAUUAUAAACGGUUUUGCUUUAUUUUUUUUGGAAAAUUAAAUCGAAUAUAAUCAUA